AUGCGUGGCAUUGUGAGAUACAAUGGCGCUCCGACUGGCAGCCUAACGACUUUUGCCUGGGAUGCAAACUCGAAGGAUGCCUGUGUCAAUGUUGACUACUCCCUCCUCAAGCCACACUUCAAGCACUCUAUUUUCUCUCCUGAGCUUCAGAACCCCGACCUGGCCGUCAGCAUCGCCAAGGACUCUUCAAACCUGUUCAAGUGGGAUAUCGGUCUCAGCAGCAUGCAUGUAAUCUGGGACAAACCAUCUCUCCUUCAGAUCGCUGAGGGUAACGCGACUUGGGAGAGUGCGGAGAACGUCUACUUACUGCCUGACGCAAACAAGUGGGUCUACUGGGUCAUUGAUACAAAGCUGCCGGUCCCGUACCCCAUCCAUUUGCAUGGCCACGACUUCUAUUUUUUGGCUCAAGCAGCAAGCGCGACAUACGACUCGAGUGUGGAGCUGAACCUUAACAACCCGCCGAGACGUGAUGUAGCUACUCUGCUGGCGAGUGGGUAUCUGGUUAUUGCAUUCUACACCGAUAACCCGGGUACAUGGCUGCACGUAGCUGAAGGUCUUGCUCUACAGUUUGUGGAGCGAGAGGGUGAGAUUUGUGCACUGUUUGAUACUGCGGCGCUUGAGUCGACUUGCAAAUUGUGGGAGGAUUUCAACGUGGAGAAGUUCCACAUUGAGCAGGACGACUCUGGUGUAUAG